AUGGCAGAGCGGCAACAACAAAAGCACGAAGGCAGGGUAAAGAUCGGCCAUUACAUCCUGGGUGACACGCUCGGAGUGGGGACAUUCGGCAAAGUAAAGAUUGGUGUGCAUCAGUUGACGGGCCAUAAAGUGGCUGUAAAGAUCCUGAACAGACAGAGGAUCCGCAGCCUCGAUGUUGUGGGGAAGAUCAAACGAGAGAUUCAGAAUCUCAAACUGUUCAGACACCCACACAUCAUCAAGCUGUACCAGGUGAUAAGUACACCCACAGAUUUCUUCAUGGUUAUGGAGUAUGUGUCUGGGGGUGAGCUGUUUGACUACAUCUGCAAACAUGGACGGGUAAAACAUUUAAUCUAUUCAUUGACUGCUAAAUCUGAGCUGCCAUCCACUGUACAACCACAGUCCAACCAUCUCCAUUCAUAUUGUGUCUUUCAGGUGGAGGACACAGAGGCACGCCGUCUUUUCCAGCAGAUUAUCUCAGCUGUAGACUACUGCCACAGACACAUGGUGGUCCACAGAGACCUCAAACCGGAGAAUGUCCUGCUGGACGCCAGCAAAAACGCCAAGAUUGCAGACUUUGGUCUGUCAAACAUGAUGUCAGAUGGGGAGUUCCUGAGGACGAGCUGUGGCUCACCCAACUACGCCGCUCCAGAGGUCAUCUCAGGAAGGCUCUAUGCAGGCCCAGAGGUGGACAUCUGGAGCUGUGGGGUGAUCCUGUACGCGCUGCUGUGCGGCACCCUGCCCUUUGAUGAUGAGCAUGUCCCCACGCUCUUUAAGAAGAUCAGAGGAGGAGUCUUUUACAUCCCAGAGUACCUGAACCGCUCCGUGGCCUCACUGCUGAUGCUCAUGCUACAGGUGGACCCUCUGAAAAGAGCCACCAUCAAAGACAUCAGGGAGCACGAGUGGUUUAAGCAGGAACUGCCAGGCUACCUGUUCCCUGAGGACCCAUCAUACGAUGCUACAGUCCUGGACGAAGAGGCAGUCAGAGAAGUGUGUGAGAAGUUUGAAUGCAAUGAGUCAGAGGUCAUGUCCAGUCUCUUUAGCGGAGAUCCACAGGAUCAGCUAGCAGUAGCCUAUCACCUCAUCAUAGACAAUCGGCGCAUCAUGACCCAGGCCAGUGAGUUCUAUUUGGCCUCCAGUCCUCCCCAGGGGUCCUUUAUAGAGGAGGGCAUGUUGCUGCCCCCAGGGGUUAAACCCCACCCAGAGAGGAUGCCUCCACUCCUGGCUGACAGCCCCAAGGCUCGUUGCCCACUGGAUGCUCUCAACACCACCCGGCCUAAACCUUUGGCAGUGAAGAAAGCCAAAUGGCACCUGGGCAUCAGGAGCCAGAGCAGACCCUAUGACAUCAUGGCUGAGGUGUACAGGGCUAUGAAACAGCUCAACUUUGACUGGAAGGUGGUGAACCCGUACCAUCUGCGAGUGCGGAGGAAGAAUCCAGUGACGGGCAACUUGGUGAAAAUGAGCCUGCAGCUAUACCAGGUGGACAACAGAUCCUACCUCCUCGACUUCAAGAGCAUUGAUGAUGACAUCAUUGAGGCAGUGGGCUUUAAAUCGGGUUCGUCCACUCCUCAGAGGUCGGGCUCUACAGCCGGUCUCCACAGACCGAGACUGAGCAUUGACUCAGCAAGCCCAGCAAUGGAUCUGCCUCAGCUCAGCUCCUCUCUGCCAGGCUCCCUGUCCGGUAGCUCUCCUCUAUUCACCCCACGUCAGGGAUCACACACCAUGGACUUCUUUGAAAUGUGUGCCAGUCUGAUCACCACACUAGCACGCUGAGACCUGUCGCUCCUAACCUCGCUGUAACGUGGAUGUCAGUGGGGUUUUUAAGCCAAGUGCAGAUCUGGG